CGGGUGCUGUCAGGGGGCGUGACCAAGGAAGCGUCGCUACCGUCCAGCCGUCAUGCUAGCUGAAAAAGUCCUGCGGUAACCCAUCUUUGUGAACUCGUGCAAUGCGAACCUGGGUUAUUUUCUGAUGAGUGUAGUUUCACAUUUUAUUCGCGGACACCGGGAAAUAGGAUGGAAGCAUCAGCCUGGUUGUGAAGGUUUUUCGCUGUUUGUUUACCCCCAACGGACCGGCGAGGGCAGCUGUUCCGGUUAACUAGCUUGUAAGCUACAGCGGCCAUCACGACUAGCACAACAGACUCCCAAGUCAAGUCCACCGGUCGGCGUUUUCGACGUUAGAAGUUUUUGCCACCAUCAUGGAGAAGGCUGAUUUCUUGAAAGGACUCCCCGUCUACAACAAGAGCAACUUCAGCAGGUUUCAUGCAGACUCUGUUUGUAAAGCAUCUAACCGUAGACCCUCUGUGUACCUUCCAACACGUGAAUACCCGUCUGAACAGAUUAUUGUAACAGAGAAAACCAACAUCCUCCUGCGUUACCUCCAUCAGCAGUGGGACAAGAAGGUCAGUAAUGCAGCAAAGAAAAGGGAACAGGAACAAGGUGAGGGGGACAGCCCAGCGCCCCCGAGGAAGAUCGCCAGGACAGACAGCCAAGAGAUGAAUGAGGACUCAUAAGUGCGUGUGUGUGCGUGUGAGAGAGAAAGAGAAAGAGAAUGUGUAUGUUUGCAAACACAGGUUAUAGCCAACAUAAACCCUAAGAAAAACAAAGGAUAAUCCUCCUUGAAUUAAGACUUGGGCUCAUUCUGCAGCGCGCUGUGAAUCCUGGCGCUACACGAACAGGGACGUUUUUGCCACUUUUUUCUACGGAUGCUCGAUCAGUCGAUGCGUCGAUCGAUACAUUCGUCUGUGCGUGUUACAGUGACGCAGAACUCCAACAUUAUCGCUCUGUCCGCAAAUAUACACAUGUGUUUGUUGAACACCUGAUGCUUAAUCCAGAAAGUCCUUCCAAAAAACCUCCUCGGCUCACGAAGGCGGCUCUGUGUGGAAAAAGUAAAGGCAGGGUUAAUAGCUUUACGUUGAUUGUUUAACAAACAGAAAACAUUGAAGACACGAACAACAAACAGUGAACCAAAUGAGACAAUUGAGGAAAAAUCUGAGCGUUGCCUGUAGCUUUUACGUUGUUGCCCUUAAAGUACAUGUCAUAAAUAACUUUGGGAUUUUAAAGGUCUCGUUCAUAGAAAAAAUUUGUGGCGUUUGAUUUCUGUUGGCAACUCUGAGCAAAGACGUCCUCUUGUAACUCUAAUGCAACUGCAACCUCUAGCUCUCUCCACCGAAUUCCUCUUCUUCUUUCAUUUGCAUUAAACAAAUACUCUGGCUGUGAAUCAGAGUCCACAUCACCCUGAUGCAUCUUCUACAUAUUUCCCGCUGUGGAACUGUUGAUGUAGUCUGAGUGGCAUCUAGUGAAAGGCACCUGGAUUCACUGUGGCCGAGACUAGAAAUUCAAGCUUAAACAGUAUUUUUAUAUAUAUAUAUAUAUAUAUAAUUUAAAGCUGAAACACAGAACAUAGUGAUUAUGAUAAAGCUACUUGCAAGGAACUCGCUGUUGAGAAUUAGGGAAAUUCCCCCUCAACAAAGCAGCCAUUGAUUUUGUAAAGAUCAUGUGCAUAGAAAUGAUGACGGAGCACAGUCGCUGUCAGAGAGGGAACCGUAUCCUGGUGUUUUUAUUAUGCUGGCUAUUCCCUGUGGGUGUUAGUAUGCCAGUGUGUGUGUGUGUGUGUGUGUUUAUGCAUGCUGAGCCGUGAGUGUGUGUGUGUGUGCGUGAGGUGAAUGAAUAGGAAAAAAAAAAAAGAGAAAGACGGACGUGGCAGAUAAAGUCAGACACUACUCGUGCCCUGUGUAGCCUUCUGUCGCCCGGAGAAGCCCGUUCUGAAUUCCUGUGAGUGUUUUGUUACCGUUUUAAUUUUAUUAUUAUAACUAAUAUUGGAUAUGUAUGGCAAUGAGCUUCCUGCCAGCCACAGUGCCCACCCACUCAGUUUCACUGCCCACUUUGCAGCCACACGGGGGCAAUGCAGCAUUUCUCCCUGGUUUCCGAAUCAGCGGACACCGAGGAUGCACUGUGAAGAACAGCACAAAGUAGAAACCACUCUUCCUGAUGCCCCCACCCCACCCAACCCUACCCCCCCGGCCUCGUAGAUGUAUGUUUAUGAUGAAUAUUCAUAUCUGCGUUCUAUUCUGGGACGUGUGCUCUAGGGUAAACAUCGUGUCUGAGAAGUGUUUUUUUUUUUUUUUUACAUCUAGCACCACCUUCUGGCUAAAUGAGGCGAGUGAGAAUGAGAUUUUGUUUUUCUUUUCACCAAAAGAUGUUUAAAAAAAUAAAAAAAAUAAGAAUAAGAAGGAGAAAUAUAAAACGUAUGAAAGCAUUUUUUCAGUUGCACAACUUUGUAAACAGCACAUAUAGUGAAGAAAAAGAAUAUAUGUGUGGAAAAGGGAAAAAGAAUGCAUUGUGUUGUGUGUGUAAAUAAUUACCAGUACCAGAAUUAGUUUAUCCAAUGGAGUAUCUCUGUGUCUGCCUUUUUUUUUGUAAAAUAAUACAUGUCCAUGGAUGUGAUAGAAAAUGACUCUUGAAAGUAAAAGAGUCCCGGAGCUGAGUGGAUGCGUUCUCUUUCGUGCAUGUUGCUGUUUUCGCGGCUGGUUUUUAUAUUCCUGAAACCAGUAAUAAAAACUUUUAAGGGGUUUUUGGCGUUGGGAGGUAUUAGCCUAGAGGCCUUACAGUUCGUCAUCAUGCUCACAACAUGGGGGGGUUGUAAAAGGGGUGUUAUAUUUUCAGCCCUAACAUGCAAAGUGCAGUCGCCAUCCUGCCUUGUUCUUAAGGUUCAGUGUUUAUUGGUGUCAUAUACUGUGCAACACUGGAUAAAGCUUCUUUACUUUCUUUUUUAAAAAAAAAAAAAAAAAAAAACGUUCUUUCUUAUCACUGCCCAGCAGAGUCACGUCUGAGCCUCCUGUCCUUAUCAGUUGAUGCUGCAGUGUGGGUCAACAGUGUGGUCAGUCAUCUUCCCACCAACUGUGUAAAUAAAUACCGUUUUUGUUUAGUUUUAUAAGCGUAAAAAACCACUUUAUGCUUCUGCUCAGAUAGACUGUUCUACACGUUCAACACCCGAAGCCUUGCUCCCCCGUCUCAUGUGUGUUAGGUCAGAUGUGUUCUUUUUAGCUUUGCUCAAAUAAAACCGGAAUGGAAACUGGGUUUUUA